AUGAAGAUUUUCUUAUUUGUUUUGUCUAUCCUGGAACGAGCUCUAACUUCUGCCAACCACCAAGAACUUCCUCGCGGUCAUGGAGAAGAACUUGGCAAACACAGAGACAGCGAUGGGCAUGUAGAGACUUUGCAACAACUUCCAUCGCCUCAGGAGUUUUGGGACCAAUAUGCAAGUUUGCGAAAACCUGUUGUUUUUCGCGGAGCAGCUAAAAAAUUUCCCGCGUUCCAUUUAUGGACUGAUCAAUAUUUAAAAGACAAUUAUGGCGAGUUAGAAGUUAAACUGGAGGCUAAACGCGAGAAAGAUCAUGUUCCUGUUGGGGAAAGGGGUCUUGGUCGUGACACGAUUCGUAGUUUUCUGGAAACUUAUCAACAGAAAGAUUCCUAUACUGUGUCUCAGCUGCCCGAUCCGUUGUCAACAGAAGUUUUCGUGUUACCCUCCCUGAUGUGUGGUUCUUUCAGUGAGAGAAUUUUAGAAGCAAAUCUUUGGUUGAGUUCGGGCGGAACUCGCAGUAUGUUGCAUAAAGAUGCAGACAAUGCCAUUAAUUGCUUGCUCAAUGGCACCAAAGACUGGAUACUCAUUCACCCAGAAAACGAACAAAACGUACGAUCUUGCAGAUAAGAAUUAUUUUGAAAUCUUCAUUUCGUUUUUUGAUGGAAAGAUGGCUUCAAAUAAUUUUUUUUGUCAAAGAAAGCUCUCUUGAAUUGAAAUUUGUCACUUCAUUCAAAGUUGGAAAUUUUUCAUGCUUCCUUGCUCUAUUCUUCAAUUCGUAGAUCUUUUGUACUGAGAUCUGCAUCUCAAAAAGUCAUCACCUUUGUCAUUGACGCCCUCAGAAAAACACUUUGUUGUCAAAUUUACCUUAGAAACUAGUUCAGAUUUUUUAAAAUAUGAACCUUUGCCAUGGUAAUGAAGUAUUUGAAAUCUGAUAGCAAUUAACAUGAUAAAUUCUUUAGUUUUGAUACUCGAUUGCUCAAUUUUUAAAUUCGUAUGAACUAUUUACUAAGCUUCCGCAUUUAGCAAAAGGUCCGCUGCGUAAAUAAUUGCUAAGCUUGGUGAACAAAACGUGGUAAAUAACCACUGUUAUUACCUGUAUGAAACAGGUGUUUUUUCGUUGAAUAAUUUACUUAUAAAUUGUUUCUUUAAGACGUUUAGUCCACUAUCUCUUUUAACUGAUUCACAAUCUUUAGUGAUGAGAAAACUUUAUUUGAAAAUCUUUGUGACUUUUUCAAAUCUUUGUUAAGAAAAAAAAUGGAAAGCUCCUGUGGACAGUUGUGGUUAUGGUUUUCAAUUGGAUUUUCCCUUUUAAAAUUUCUCAAGUGAAAAUAUUUUUCCUUAAGUCUAGAUUGUUUCCAUAAAUUUGAGAUUUCUUAAGUUGACACUUUCAUUUAAUUGAGAAUUUUUUAAAGUCUUAGAUGAUCUAUUUUCCUUACUGUUAAGAAAAUUUUCAACUUGAGAGGGAAUGGUACUCAACUUAAUUGGGAAGAAUAUCCUUGUGCAGAAAGUUCUUUGCUUUCAUGUAAGGAAAACAAUCUUGAUCCAGUUAAGCCUUUGAGUUGUAGCAGCUAUUCACAAGAGAUCUGAUGUCUUUACUAAUAUUUGUGGAUUGCAGAUACCAGUUGCUGAUGGGGACAGAGGCUAUGGAGGGUUUGCCACAUUGGACGUUCAAAGUGUAAAUCUUAUCAAAUAUCCCAAAUUCAAACAAGUUAGAUGGCAGUAUGCAAAUAUGACACCAGGAGAUUGCCUGUUCUUGCCUUACAGUAAGCACUACUUACUAGCCAUAUGAUGAAACCAAAGUAAAAAAUUUUUGUCUUUUUAUUGGUUUUUUUUUAAACCAUUAGUGUUACAUCCUGCACUUUUGCUACUGACAUACUAUGUACUGUCUUGUAAUGCUAAUAGUAUUAAAAAACAAAUUAUUAAAAAGAUAGAUUGAAAUUUUUCACUUUACCGAUAAUACUAAAAUUCGAUCCUAACAUAGACAUUUGAUACUAAGAAUAAUUACCAUACACUAUCAUGAAUGUCUAGACUAUAUGUACAUGAAGAUUUUAAGAGAAACUUUCAUCUCGAGAAUUAAGCACUUUAAAGGGAGGCAAAGGGUUGAUAUUUUAAGCAUAUGAUAAAUCUCAAAAUUAAUACAUGGCACAUGAAUUUUGCAUAAAGGCAAUGUAAGGUAAGAUUUGAAGUUUUUAACCUAUGAAAUACUGUUUUAAGUACAUGUGACAUGCAAAUUUCUAAAAUUUGUGCAUGAAAAGAGAUUGGGACCCUCAUUCUAAGAAAGUUUACAGAGUACACGCAUGUAUUAGAUAGUUUCUAAAACAUCAUGCUCUAUCAGUGUAUUAGGUAGUGUGUACUAAUAACUGCAUGCAGCUAUUUCAAAGCCUAACAUUUUUAACUAAAGAUGGAUUUUUAUCAUUUAUAUCAGGUUACUGGCAUCAAGUGCGAUCAUAUGGCUCCAAGAACAUGGCUGUUUCAGUUCUAUUCUCACGCCUGACAGAGUUUGACCCUAUUGGAUGUGAGAGUGCUAAGCUAGAGUACACACCCCUGUCUGAUGUGAACAUGGUAUGGACAUACCCAGGACAUGGCCCACAAACCAUGGGGAACUUAGAUCCAUUUGAAAUGAAGUACGUAUUACAUGAAUUAUUCAAUACUAGAGGGUAUUAAGGGCUAACAACUAUAGUAAUUGAAAGUAGAAGAUAAAUAAGAAAUAGAAGCUGUGGCCAGGUUAAUCUGGACACCAUGUUGUUUGAUCAGAUUACACGCAAGACUUGGAACUAUUCACAUCAGGUAAAAUGUCCCAGGUGUUGUGCAAAGUUUGCACAGACCCUUAAGCAACUUUUUAUUGGAAAGUUAACCCUUUAUCUCCUAAAAAUGAGUAGGAUCUUAUUAAUUUUUACAGUAUCCAAAUUAAACAAAACCAAAGUGAUCCUUUUUUAAUUGGUAUAUGCAAUCAAGUUAAAAGUUUUCCAUGUGUCCUCAUUUGGCCAAUUCUCAGAUAAAGGGGGUAAGUUUCUAAAGAAACAGCCAGGGUAAUUUAAUAGUAUCAACUGGGUUGAUAAUGUAAAUAGGCCACUUUAGCCCUUUAACUCCCAUGAAAGACGAAGACAGAAUUUCUCCUUACAAUAUCAAUACAAUAUCAACCAGAUAAAUGAUGAGAAUCGAGAAAAAUAUCAAUUUGGGGAUAAUCAGUUGAUCCAAUACUACAUUCUCUGAACUAGCAUUAUAAGAAUUGUAUGGUUGACAGUAAGGAGAAUGACAAAUUUGAUCUGGGAGUUAAAGGGUUAAAGAGUUUCAAAGCUGAUGUUUUGAGCAUUAGCCCUUUGUCAGAGCCUAUUCUAGGAUAAGUUCCUUUUCCAAUUGAUCUUGCAUGAAUAAAUAAUAUUAUGCUCCUUGGGAUCACAGUUGAUUUUAUCUUUGUUUAAUUUGUUAUAGAGAUCAUUAUAUCAGUUUUGUGGAAAGUAAGAAAAGUAAGAGACUGGACAUAGAGGACUUUUUUCAACUACUUACUGAAGUAAGGAAACCUAUACAUGAGUAUGUGUGAUCCUACAAUAAUUAAGCAUCCUGUGAGGAUUUUUGAGUUGAAUAAUAUGAUACCACUGUAGCCCUUGUGAGAUAUAUGAUGACACAAUGAUUUCUGUGCUGGACUCCAGGUUAAGAAGUCUGGGUUUGAGACCAGGCCAGGUCAUUUUGUUGUGUUCUUAAGCACGACACUUUAAUUUCACAGUGUCUCUCUUCACUCAGGAGUAUUUUCUUACUAAUCAGGCGUGAGGGCUGUACUGGGGAAUAUUGACCCAAAGUCAUGGCGAGGUGUAUACAAAUAUGAUCAAGGGCCAAUAUUUCCUAGUAUGACUCCAGCACUCAGACAAACUUGUUUAUUUUGGAGACAGAAGACAGAAAUAUGUGGCUCCUAAAAUUUCCAUGGAAAUGGUCCAUAUAGAAAAAUCCAGACCAAGCAAGAAUGCUCAGAUUUACCUCAAGAUCUAGACUACCUUGCCAUAUAAUGAAAAUGGGUACUUUUUACCUGGAAAUUGUCAGGGAAUUUGAAGCCUGAUGAAAUGCUAAGGGACAACCUUGUGAUGGCUGGCAUUCCAUUCAGGGGGGAGUAGCUCUUCCUCCUUGUUGCUUUAUGCUAAGGAAAUCGGGAUAAACCCCAGCUGGGUGGGCCACUUUGCUCCAGAGCAGACUCUAUUACCUCAGGUUAAGAGAAGUAAGGGACACUCCCUUUCUUCUCUUUACAGCCUCUGGCUAAGAGUAAUUUUGUUGUAAAACACUUAAAAUGGCCUGUGAAGGCAAAAAAAUACCACAAAUGCAUCAAUUAUCAUUUCAUUUAAUUUUAGUGUGAUAUUCAGACAUAGAUGCAAUUUAGAUAUGCAAUUUUCAGAGCUGUAUUCAUAACCCUUGUAGAUUUUGUUUGUCUCUUGUCAACGAUAAUUAACAGACACAUAGAGUGGUCUGCCUGUGCUAUGACUUACUUUUGCUGUUCUUGCAGGGUGAAGUUAUGGAAGAACAUGAAGAUGUUAGAAGAAACAUCGCUGAAAAAGUAAGUUAGUAAUUUACGAUGACAUAGGCCAACAACAGCAGGCGACUGGCAAAAAGUUGAAAUUUUAUUUAUUAUUUAAGUAGGGAGGGGAAUGAGUGAAAACGAGUUAACAUUAAAAGUACAACUACAACUAAAAGGCAUAAAUUCUUAGGAAAGAGAGGAGAGAUUGUGUGCACUUUAAAAUUGUGUAUUACUGUAGAUCAUCGAUGUUCUUGUCUCGUGGCCUCCGAGUUCCCCGGUUUCCUACACUGUAUUAAGUUUUAAUACCAAACAAAGAAAACUUUUGUUUAAGAUUUCUUUUCAAUUGAAAACCAAAGUAAUCACAACAACCAACCUGAGGAAAUGAGUUGCAAUACUCAAUUGAAAAUGUCUCUAUUGGUUGAGAAAGUGGUGUAAGCUUUUUAAACCAAUCACAGUGAAGUGAUUGAAGUAAAAAGUUCGAAAAUUUUAUAUAAUUUAAGUAAUUAAGGAGGUGAAUGAGUGAAAACAAGUUAACAGUAAAUGGUACAACUGCAAUUAAAAGACACAAAAUUACAAUUCUAAAGAGAAGAGAGAUUGUAUGCACUUUAAAAUUGUGUGUUAUUGUAGAUCAUUGAAUGGAUAUACUUGUCUUAUGGCCUCCAAGUUUCCCCAAUUUUUUUAUGUUUUAAUACUAAUCAAAGUAAACUUUUAUUAAGGAACUCUUUUCAAUUCAAAGUGAAAGUGAUUGUAACAACCACCCAGAGGAAAAGAGUUGUGAUACUCAAUUGAAAAUGUCUCUAUUACUUGAGAAAGUGGCAUAAGCUUUUUAGACCAAUCACAAAGAGAAGUGAUUGAAGUAAAACCUUGAAGAAGUCUUAGACUAGGUUUGACGUGUCAAAUGAAAAAUACUUUGUUUAUUUUACCUUUGAAGGUUCUUAAAAUAAUGGAUGCUGAAAACAAAGGUUAUGUCACCAAACAAGACAUUGAGGCCCUUACAAUAGAACAAGUGAAACAAGUGGCAAAUGAGAUUGAUCCAGACCCUGCAAACACUGAGGAAUAUGAAUUUGCUGUUUUUGAUCUGAAUGAAGUCAAGUAAGAGACAUGGAACGAUUCUUGCUACUUUAAUGCCACAAUAUUUUUUUUCUUUUUUGACAGUAGUUUUUAGAAUUUUGAUGAAGAAGAGACUAAUUUUAUGUCAGUGGUAGGGCAAUAAUGGAUACCUGUAGAAAAACCUGCCCCCCCCCUCCCCUCCCGCCCUCUUACUUGCCCCUCACUGUGGUGCCCUUGGUUGGUUUCCAGGCUGACGUCAUUUGUGAGAUAUGUCUCUUGUUGGUUCCAGUCCUUCCUCUGAAAUUUUUUCUUGGUCUCCUGUUUUCUUCCAUCCCUUAAAUCCAGAAUUCUCACAAGCGUUUUAUUUUUUUCCUCUUUUCAGGUCUGUUUUUAACCAAGCUUUGCAAGAUGGACAUGGAAAACUGACAAAGAACAACUUGAUAGCACGUUACGAGGUAAUUAACAUGACACCUGCAGAAAAAUUGUUACUGGAAAAGGGGUCCAAGAACUAAGACACUUACAAAUAUAGCAAUUUUCAACUGGGUUGCUUCACUUUGCCCUAUGUAAUUUGUCCAGAAAUCUUGUUCCUCCAAAUUUCACAUUUACCUUAGAGCUUUUCAGACAAUUAUAUAAAUAAUGUUUAGACAAUUUGUCAGCCACAGACAUCAUCAGCUGACAUACCAGCCACUAAUUAUGUUCUGUGUUCAUGUUAGUCACGAUUCAUGGCUAUUUUUUAUCCUCUAGGAUUUUGGUGGCUCUGCUAAAGUAGCGAAGGAACUUUACAACAUGCUUCAGCCUAAAAAUGCAGAUUUUGUGUCAGAGGAAGAACUGAGGGAGCGUCUUGAUCAUGUCUUGAAGCUUUAUUUGAAAAAGAAAGAUGAUGAUAAAUCAGGUUUGAAAAGCACACAAAACUUUAGAGUGACUCUCUUUUGAGUGUCAAAAGUAACCUGUGAUGGCAUCAGUUUUGCCUCACUCUGCACUGUGAUUGGUCCAGAAAAGUUACUCAAUUUGCUCAACCUAUUGGAUGCAAAACUAAAAUCAAUGACAACUUGGCCCAUUUUCCCAUGCUUUAAGUUGUAAGCUUGUUUUUACUUUGAGUUGUCAUUGGCUCCUUAGGUUAUUUUCCUUUUUUCUGAUUGACAGUUGACUGAUUACUUCAAUGGUUUUGGUUUUAAGACACUCAAUCAAUAAGCACUCCCAAAUAUGUACUCAUUGACUUAGUGGGAGGGCUGCAGUGAAGUCUGCGCUUUUUCAAAGAAAAGCUAAAAUGUUGCUGUCAGGCCCAAUCAACUUCAGUCAAUAAUCAUUUCAUCAUAUGACCAUGAAGACUUGAAAAUUUGUUUGAACCUAAUUGGAGUGCCCUUACACAAAUCAGUAAUAAGGGGGCUUUCAAGGCAACUAUAAAAAAAUCAGACAAUAAAAACCUUUCCUUUAUUUCUUUGAGUCAGGAAAAAAAUCAUGAAAAACACAACUUCAUCUCUAAUUUUUUGGAGAGAUCCACUCUCUGAAAUGCUUUUCCAAGGUGAAGUGUCAUUUAAUGUUGUCAUAUUUUUUCUUUCUUUCAGGAAUUUUCUAUGAAAAAGAAUUGGCUGAAGAUAAAGAGAUCAUGAAACAAACACAGCUACCAUCAGAUAGCUUGGAUUCCAUACACAGAGAAUCAACACACUCUGAGCUGUGAUUUUCCAAAAAAGCACUUCUUGAUAAGCCCACCAAAGUUUAUUUUGUUGUCAGAAAAAUGCCUUGGUUUUUUUUUGGCUAGUAAAAUAAGCUUUUCACAGUAAAUUAUAAACAAAUUCGGAAACUAUUUCCUGAAAAUUUUCUGUAUUUAUAAUACUGAACAAAAAAGUAAAGUGAAUAUGCUAACUAGUUAAAAGUUACUUCCUGUAGGAAGGAGAAGUGAA